AUAGAUUAAACAAUUAUGCUUCGACGUGAAAAGAAACGCCCACAUGGGUCAAACAUUUAUAUACAGUAAUAAAAAACUGAACCUUUCCAGGCCGCCUAAUAAAGUAGAGUAAAGUAGCUUUAUUAAAUUGUGCUUUAGUUUAAUUAAUCUAGUACUUUUCGUGCUAGAUGUAUGUUAAAAUAAUAUCCAACAUUGGACUUUCUUGGUUUUUUUAGUUUAUAUAAUAACCCACGAAAUGAGAACAUUUGCUCAUUCCACAGUUUUACCAAGUCAUGGGUACCAAGUCCUCUCAACCACUGUUGGAUUCUCCCAAAACAAAAUCCUCCUUUUCUACUAAAGCUCUUUAUGUGCUUCUCUCCUUAGCUGCUAUCGUGGGCUCAGUUGGAUUAAUUUCAAUCUGGGCCUUCAGUGGCACUACUAGCCCAUCAAUUUCCUUGACAGCCCAUGUUUGUGAUACGGCCCAUGAUCAGCCAUCUUGUUUGGCCAUGGUGUCUGAGGUUGCACCUGCUGGUUUGAUGGAUGCAAAAACAGUGGAUAUAUUAAAGAUGGUUUUACAUAAAUCGUCGUUGAGAAUCAAUGAGAUGAUCGAUUUGGCCAGCAAUGUGAACGUUCGGAUCAACGAUGGGAAGGAGCAAGCAGCUCUAGCAGAUUGCCUAGAGUUGAUGGAUUUGUCAAGGGAUAGAUUGAUGGACUCCAUGAUGGGGCUAGGGAACCUAUCGGCCCAAGCCCACUUUGAUGUCCAUUCAUGGCUAAGUAGCAUUCUCACCAACCAUGUUACUUGCAUGGAUGGACUGAAUGGCCAGGCUCGGUCCAUUAUGGAGCCCAUGUUGAAUGAUUUGAUAGCAAGAGCAAGGACUUCCUUGGCCUUGAUGGUUGCAAUUGCACCAACAAAGACUGAUAAUAAUGUUCAAACAGUUGCUGAUGAAUUGCCAUCAUGGGUUAGUGCUAAAGACAGAAGGCUGUUGCAACUUUCAGCAAAUGCUAUAGCGGCCAAUGUUGUAGUGGCUAAAGAUGGUAGUGGAAAAUACAAGAGUGUAAAAGAAGCAGUUGCGUCUGCUCCAGAUAAUAGCAAGACUCGAUAUGUUAUUCACGUGAAAAAAGGAAUUUAUAAAGAAAAUGUUGAGAUUGGGAAAAAGAAGAAGAAUAUUAUGCUUGUAGGUGAUGGCAUGGAUGCAACCAUUAUCACUGGAAGCUUGAAUGCUGUGGAUGGCACAACAACAUUCAAAUCUGCAACUGUUGCUGCUGUUGGGGAUGGAUUCAUAGCCCAAGAUUUACGGUUCCAAAACACGGCAGGACCACAAAAGCACCAAGCAGUGGCCCUUCGUGUUGGAGCUGAUUUCUCUGUCAUCAACCGUUGCAAAAUGGAUGCAUUCCAGGAUACCCUCUACACCCACACACUCCGUCAAUUUUAUAGAGAUUGUUAUAUCACUGGCACUGUCGAUUUCAUCUUUGGUAACGCAGCAGUUGUGUUCCAAAACUGCAAACUCGCUGCCCGCAAGCCCAUGAGUGGACAGAAAAACAUGGUUACCGCCCAAGGUCGUGAAGAUCCAAACCAAAACACUGGAACUUCAAUCCAGAAGUGUGACAUUAUUCCUAGCUCGGACCUUGGGGCAGUGAAAGGGUCCGUGAAGACAUAUUUGGGCCGACCAUGGAAAGAGUAUUCGCGGACUGUGUUCAUGCAGUCAAAUAUUGGAGACCAUAUUGAUCCAGCAGGUUGGUCGGAAUGGAAAGGUGAUUUUGCAUUGAAAACAUUGUAUUAUGGUGAGUACAUGAACAAAGGGCCCGGUGCUGGAACCAGUAAUAGAGUGAAAUGGCCUGGUUAUCAUAAGGCCUUAACUACAGCAGAGGCGAUGAAAUUCACUGUGGCUCAGCUGAUUCAAGGAGCAGCUUGGUUAAAAUCCACCGGUGUCGCUUACACUGAUGGGUUGUGAGAAUCUUGUUGAAUCAAAAGUAUGUUGCCAUGUAAUGCUAGUGAAGUUUUAGUAUGUUUUGGUUGAAUGUUGUAUGCUUGUUUUGUGAUAAUCCCUAAUAAUAAUAUGCUUCAUUGUGGCACUGAUGGCUGAACCAUGCCACAAUACGAAGGUUUAAAUGAAA